AUGCUUGAAGUACUUCUCACGGUGAUUCCGUCGCUUUGUUGGAUGGUCUUUCGCUGUUACCAGCUUCUUCAUACACCUGCUGAACGUCUAGCACGCCAGUUGAACGUGGAUAUUCCGCAUACCCCUAGCGUAUGUGUGGACCAAUUAUCUGCCACACAACUUGUGUUGCACUGGGACAUCGAGAUUCUCGCCGACGAGAACAUCUUCUAUGUGGUCUUGGUCAAUGGAAAAGAUGCUGGUACUUUGGCGCAAACGUCGGUCAAACUUUGCAACUUGGAGCCUGACUCACUCUACCGUAUUCAGAUCUUGGCUGUCAACGCGAUCAGCAACUUUCGUUCCCAGUCUCCGGCUGUUUACGUCCAUACUCUUGCCAGACUGGAGUCUCGGAAAGAUUCUCAAAGUUUGCCGUUCUCGGUAGCCAGAGAGGUUGAACUUCCCAGCUCUUUCCAUGAGAGUCCAUCCACCAACUACUCGCUUGACUUGUCUGCCUCAGAUGUGGUCAACGUCAAGGAUCGUGCUGUUUUGGCCGAGUACCUUUAUGUUUUCCAGAAUGAACUUUCUCGAGUAACUGCAGACAUCGACGCUCUCUUUGACCAUCAACGGCAGGAAGAGAUUCGCUUGAAGAAUGAGCUUGAUGCAUUCAAAAAGGAACUAGAGGAGGGUUCGGAUGUGCGGGCCAAGAAGGACUUGGAUGUGAAGGAUUUGGAAAAGAAAAAGGAUCUGCUCACGUUCGAGAAACUGAAGCUUGCAAAGCAACUUCGCAACUACGAAACAGCACGUAAUAUACAUGUCAGCAAGCUUGCUGAUCUCCGGGCGAAAGUGGCCAAGCUCAGAGAGAAACGCCAGCAUGUGGUGAACACGUCAAAUGCAGAGAAAUCAAAGGUGGACACAAAGAUGGAUGAGAUUUUCGAUGAAAUCUCCACCAAUAAGGAGACCAUUGCAUCGCUAGAGCAGCGGGUCAAGGAACUCAACGUUGAAAGAAAAGAUAUUGCUCAUUUGGUUCUGUCACUCCGGCCAUUGGUAGAACAGUUUAUAACUCCGCCAACGAUUCCUGUUGCUUCCGAUGGUUCUGAAGCCCCUAGUGCUUCCGCGGAGAUCUUCACUCGAGAGAAUACUUUGACAAAAUUGGGAGCAGAAGUGUUGGGCAAGAUCUACGCCUACGAACCAGACUGGAAGUUGGAUGUCGAGCGAGAGCUCGAUGCUAUAGAAGCAUUGGAGAAUUCUUGGAAGAGCACCUUCCGUGCGGCUAUUCGCAAGUUUUUGGGAGUGCAACAUUCUGUGGAAGCAUUUAGAGCCAGCCAAGACAAAGCAUACGAACCUCAAAAAAUGACAGAGUAUCAGGCCAGUGUGGAGUUUGGUGGCUUUGGAAAUGCAAUAGGAAAACCACCAAUCAGAAAAAAGGGCUAUGUGUUUGUCGAUGAGGGCUCUGCCUCGCCUUCUCCGUCUCCUGAAGCCAACGAUACUUGGAACAAGAGUUACAGCCAGUUUUAUGAUGAUUCGGGAGAAUUGAGUCCACCACCUGCACCAGCAGCGAACGCGUUGAGCGCUGCAAUGAAUUCAGCAGCUUUGAACUCUGUCAAUUCGGUGAACUCUGGUAGUAUCUCAAACUCUACCGUGGCUAACGACUUCGGCAGAGAAAUUUACCAGCCAAUGCAUCACCAGUAUACGGAGAGUACGGGUGCCAUUUAUGGUGAUACCCAAGAGCCUGUGAACUUCUCUGAGUCGCAAUUCCAAAAUCAACUACCAGCAAAUCAGUUUGUGGGAUCCUAUGGUGGCAACUUCGCGGAUAAGAAUUAUGGUGAUACUUAUGGAGAUGCCAAUUUCAAUAACUUCAGGUAUCCAGAAACCAACUACGAAAAGAGCUACGAGCACUACCAAGAGCAACCCAAUGCAUAUGACCAGGCUAAUGCAUUUGAGCGGGCCAAUGCAUUUGAGCAGACCAAUGCCUAUGAACAGACUACGGCUUAUGAGCAGCAGUUCGAAAACUCAUAUGACAAUGCGUACGUUGAUCCGCCAUAUACAGAAAAUGCUUACGAAAAUGCAGCCUACGAAAACUCAAGCUUACAUGGAACUGCGCUUGGAGAUGGUACAUACUCCUUGUUGGCGCAACCCAUGGCCAAUUCGGGAUCAUCAGGUAAUUAUCUCCACAACGACUUGGACCGAGGCAUUCAGCUGUCGAUCCCUCAAUCAUCCAUGCAACAAUAUGCGCAGAACAUUCGUCAAAGCUUUCCCUACGAUGAUAUGUAUGGAAUGCGGUCUCCUACUCCCGAGAGCUACAGACAGUCAGUGCAACCAAAUCUCUGGAACAAUACAAGCCAGAGUAACUUUUUGGAUUCCAGGCGCACAUUUCUGGGACUCUCCCUUCUGCCAGCUUCGGUGAAUAUGGAGCUUCAUUCAUUGCACGGACAGAAUACAAUGGGCGCAAACAUGGGAUCCAAUGUGGGAAAUAACAUGGGAGCGACUAUUGGCUCAACAAUGGGAACUAAUAUGGGGGCCAACAUCGGACCCAAUAUAGGGUCUAAUAUUGGCACCACUAUUGGCAAUCAAACCGCAUCAAGCCAGCUCAUUCAGCCACAAAUUCAAGUGCCGCAAGUAAAUCACGACAAUUUAUUUAACAGUCUUUUACUUUCAUCUAACUCGUCGCAGAUUCCUUCGUCGAGCAUUUGGCUGGACAGACCUAUGAGCACCUCUUACAGCCACAAUCGCGCAGUUUCUAGCACUAGCCAACUUUGGCGGACAGAUCCUGCAAGAGCAGAAGGCUCGCCUAGUUUGGGGCUCCGGUCUGACUUUCUGCCGUUCUCUCCUAAAAAGGAAAAGGAUGAUCGUAUCAACACUAGCAACUGA